AUGGCAUUAUGGGACAAAUUUAUCAGUGAUCAUGAGGCUGUUCUCUCAAAAUCUGAGUCUCUUAUAUUUUAUAGUUUGAUUUCUAAUCCCCCCCUCCCUUUUUUGUUGUUUAAGAUCGAGCAGUUUGUCUAUGCAUCACCACAUGAUAAUAAAUCUUGGGAAAUGUUUGAUGAGAUGAUUUCCAUUGCUGAAGAGUUCUACCAGUCACUGGGCAUCCCUUAUCACAUUGUGAAUAUUGUCUCAGGUUCCUUAAAUCAUGCUGCCAGUAAGAAACUGGAUCUGGAAGCAUGGUUCCCAGGUUCUGGCGCUUUCCGUGAGCUUGUUUCUUGUUCAAACUGUACUGAUUACCAAGCACGUCGGUUACGGAUACGCUAUGGCCAAACCAAAAAGAUGAUGGAUAAAGUGGAAUUUGUACAUAUGCUUAAUGCCACCAUGUGUGCUACAACACGGACUAUAUGUGCUAUUCUGGAGAAUUACCAGACAGAAGAAGGAAUCAUUGUACCAGAUAAAUUGAAGAAUUUCAUGCCACCAGGUAAUAAUGCUCAUUUCCCCUUCCUACUUCCUUGAGCCUCUGUAAUUUUG